UCAACUUGUGUAGAAAAAAGUCAAGACAGGUACUUUCAACAUAAUGCCAUACAUUACUCUGUGUGCUCUGGAUAUUAUAUGCAUUACCUCCAUGGACUCCUCACCAAAUGCACAGGGAAAUGUCAAUUCUCCAUAUGUCAAUGCAGUUGGAAGGAUAACUGAGUUGAUUCAGAAGCGACAGAGGUCACCAUGGCUCUGGCCUGACAUUAUUUACUUUUUGACGCCAUCAGGGAGGGAACACAAUUAUUGUCUUCAGAUUCUUCAUAGUUUUACCAACAAGGUCAUCGAUGAGCGAAUCGCUGACAGAGCAGCUAAGAGAAAUGAUCCACAAUCCGAAGAAAAUGACACCGAGCAGAGAGGGGAAGGAGAAUUUAAAAGUAAGAGGCGGUUGGCUUUCCUUGAUUUGCUACUGGAGGCUUACGACAGAGGAGAGAUCUCACGAGAAGGCAUCAGAGAAGAAGUGGAUACGUUCAUGUUUGAGGGCCACGACACCACAGCCGCUGGAUUAACGUGGGCUCUCUAUCUACUCGCUCGCCAUCCUCAUAUACAGCAGCAAGUCCACGAAGAAGUAGAUAAAUUUUUCGAACAGCGGCCAGAAACCCUCACGGUAAAUGAUCUGAAGGAUUUGCGUUACUUGGAAUGUGUUGUUAAGGUAUGGUACGCACAACGUUACAUCUUGUGACUUAGAUUUUAGCACUAUCGCGGUAGGAACGGGGAACGUUGCUAUUCGGCUCAGUUGGGGCGAGUGGUUGUUUUGAUUGUUUAUUCAGUAUUUUUUUUUGCUUCAUAUUUUGUUGUUGUGUCUAUUUGUGUUAUUAUCGUUAGAAGGAAGGAUAUUCCUACCGGUGGAUAUAAUUAAGCGUUCGUGGAAAGCUCCUUAGUAAAAACCCAGGUUUUUUUUUAAGGCGUGUUUAUGUGAAUUUAUUAGAAUAACCAUUUGGCCCGCCACUUACGAAGGAGGUCUAUAUAUUGCUCUUUCGAACAUCUUGAGCUGGAACUCAGGGCUACGAAGUGUUUUGUCCGUUGAAUUGUCUUGUACCGUCCUCCUUCAUCCUAUGUGUCACUGUUUUUUGGAUGAGUUUGCCGGCUAUCUUGCCCAUAUGGUAACGGUGUCAGGCUAUUUGCUGAUUGUCGGUGACUUCAACUUUCAUGUUGAUUCUCAAAAUAAUGCUGGUCUGCGAUUUACUGGCCUUCUUCAUUCAUUUAUCCUUCGCCAACA